GCACUGCUUUUAAUUAACUUGACUUAAUCAGUGAAUUAGAUGAAGAGUAAUCGAAUUAGGAUACGUCCUGCCUACAUAUUUUCUCAGGAUAAAUUCUCAACCGGCAUUUACAUAAUGUAUUGCCUUUUUAUCAGUUGCGAUAAAGACAUAUUGACUGAUGCACCUACUCGAGUGAAUUUAUCCUUUUGUGUUUAGGCGAAUAGGAGAGAGUGUUUAUUAUAUCGAGUGACUCUUUGUUUACCAACAGUCAUGGCUUCUUACUCCGACAGUGAAGAUGUGGACGACCAAGACUGGGAUGAGUUCGAGGAUGCGGUCAACGACAUUGACUUUCCUGCACCCCAGGGUGACAUGACUUUAGAACGUGCCGUUGAUGAAAGUCAGAAGGCGAUAAACUUUUUUUUUAACAACCAAUUCCUGGAGGCUAAAAGCUUGAUGGAGCCUUAUGCUGCUACCAGCAUUUAUCACUCGCUCGGACAUUCGGUAUUUCUUUUUCUUGAGGCUAUUCUGACGUUCGAGCACAAGUCGAUAGUUAAUGCUUCGACGGCUUUGAAACACGCAAUUCAGGUGUGCAACAAGCAACGGAAGAAGAACACGUUUGGGGAGUCCUUGGGGAAGAUGGUGAAGCGAAACAAUUUUGACCAAUACUCGGAGGAGGAAGCGCAUGCCGAGCUCUGCCACGCUGAGUGUCUUCUGCUCAAGUCGAUGCUGACUUUUAUGGAAGACGAAACGUUGAGCAGUUUUAUUAAAGCCGGGAUUAAAAUCCGGUCAUGCUAUAAUUCGUACAAGGACUGCCAACAGAUUUUACUGAAGAGCCAGUGGGACAAAAGCCCGUCUAAAGUGCAUUUCGAAAGUGGGGUCAAAAUGGGUAUUGGCACUUUUAAUCUUAUGAUAUCCCUCUUGCCAUCGCGAGUGAUCAAACUAUUAGAAUUUAUUGGAUUUUCCGGGAACAAACAAUUAGGUCUGAACGACCUUGUCGAAGGCUACAAAACCGACGGUCUUCGCCAGAUUUUGUGCCUGAUGACACUCCUUGGGUACAAUUUAAUCGUCCUCUAUGUCUUAAGUCACCAAGAAGGUGAUCUUAAGUUAAGCCAGGAAAUACUCGAAAAGCAAUUGAAGAAGCACCCGCAAGGCGUUUGGUUUUUGUUUUUUAAAGGCCGACUAGAAUUUAUGAAAGGUGAUCUUGACUCCAGUAUAGACUGGUAUAAGAAAUCCUGGAAAUCGCAGAAUUUGUGGCCACAGUUCCAUCAUGUUUGUUUCUGGGAAUUGUUGUGGGUUUAUUGCUUGAAAGGAAACUGGAAAGAAGCUCUCUCUUACUGCACCUCUCUGCUCGAAGGCAGCCGCUGGUCUAGGACCAUUUACAGCUAUCAGAAAGCCGCACUUAUGUGCAUGAUGAGGGAGGAGCUUUCGUCAACAGACAUUGUUGUGAUAGACAAUUUAAUGAAGGAUGUUCCUAAAUAUAAGCAAAGAAUUGCCGGGAAAUCUUUGCCGUUAGAAAAAUUUGCCGUAAAAAAGUCGGAACGAUACUUUGAACAGGGUCACAAUCUAAUCUUGCCAGUAAUAGAAUUAAUGUACGUUUGGAACCUGUUCAAAGCGAUGAAGAACUUCAACGUUGCGAACAACAUAUUCAAGAUAAUCGACAAAGCCCUUAAAGAUUUGAAUUCAAAGACACAGGCUUCGAAAUACGAUACGGACAAUAGGGCGCUUAUUUUGCUGCUCCAAGGGGCGUGCUUGCGCCAAAUGAAGAGCCCUUUGCAGGCUUUGAACUGUCUGGAAACUGUCAUUUCGUUGCAGAAGGACAUUGUGGAAGAUCAUUAUUUGGUCCCGUAUGCCAUAGUCGAACUGGCUCUUAUUGAAUGGGACGGGGGCAACAAAGAGAAGGCGAUCCUGGCCCUCGAGGAUGCAAAGAAAAACUACUCGGGCUAUUCAUUGGAGUCGCGGCUGCACUUCCGGAUCCACACCGCUCUAACUGAAUACAAGGCGGAAAUGAAAAAUUCGAAACACUAAAUUUUAACCCAAUAACCUUUGAAUGACAGUUGUGUUCCUGAGUUAGCACCCAUAACAACAUACCAUUUUGUAUAGUCCUAGCACUGUGUAUACCAUAUUUAUAAAAAAGGCUGUGUUGUUAUACUACUGUGUUGUUUAUUUCUAAAUAAAUUUGCAUUUAAUUUGUUGAUA